UGCGUAGUGCGGGCGGGAGCCUAUAUGUAUACAUGUCGUGUGUACGUGACCCACUUCCAGGAUGGCUCUGGCGGACGGCAUGUUGCGCGCAUGGCUGCUUUUCAUCUGCGUGACGCUUGUCCUCUAUGCAAAUGCUGAGGACCAAGCCAGGACCUUCAGGAGGCCCCAGUGCAGCGGCACCACUCCGACCCGAGCGUGUCCGCUCAACUACUCGCCCGUGUGCGGCAGCGACGGCGUCACCUACCCCAACGAAUGCGCUCUUUGCAUCCAUCGACUGGAGAAGAAGUUGGACAUUGUGAUCACUAAGGAUGGCCCCUGCUGAUGACAUUACAUCUUUGUGUGUUUUUUCACGGACUACUCACACGUGCACACGUUUGUCUAUUUUUUCAUGGCGUUCCUUUAAAUCAGAGCAGCGACUUUUCUGCCAGCUUUUUCUCAUUACGUGUGCAAGAAGACGAACAAAAAGAGUGAAUAUUAACUUGACAAAUUGUACUCCAAUGAAAUAAACAUCAUGUCAACAAGGCAACGUGUUGAGCCCACUUUCUGCUAUGCUAACAUCUUAUGCGCAUGAUUGAUAAAGUCAUGUGAACAUGCUGAUGCAUUGCACUCACUUUCUGCCUUGCUAAUGUGUUAGCUGCAUGCUUGAUGACGUCAUGCUAGCAUGCUGACCUGUUGCUUUCAUUUCAUUUGGGACACA